AUGUCCAGCUCAGUCCUGUCCAAGAAAUGCAGAGUGUUUAGACCCAACUCUAAGGUGGAUUCUAAAUGGUCUCCCAUCAGUUCUACUAUGUUUGGAAUACCCCCAGGGUCAAGUAAUGAGCUGUCAAAAAACAAGGAAAUGAACAUAGAUGAAGACCUUUACUUUUAUCAGCUGUAUGUACUAGGUCAUGAGGCAAUGAAACACCUCCAAACUUCCAGUGUGCUGGUAAUGGGUCUGGGUGUGGAAAUUGCCAAGAAUAUCAUCCUCGGUAGGGUCAAGGCUGUCACUCUCCAUGACCAUGGCACUGCCCAGUGGGCUGAUCUGUCUUCCCAGUUCUACCGAUGUGAGGAAGAUAUUGGCAAAAACCAAGCAGAGAUAUCACAACCUCGCCUUGCUGAGCUGCACAGCUACACUGGACCCUUAAUUGAGAACUUUCUUAGUGGUUUUCAGGUGGUGGUUCUUACCAGUACUCCUUUGGAAUAUCAGCUGCGGGUGGGUGAAUUCUGUCAUAGCCGUGGAAUCAAGCUGGUGGUGGCAGAAACUCAAGGCCUAGCUGGGCAACUCUUCUGUGAGGAAAUGAUUCUCACUGAUUCAGAUGGGGAGCAGCCACUCAGUGCUAUGGUUUCCAUGAUCACCAGCGAGAGUCCAGGGGUCGUCACCUGUUUGGAGGAAUCCCGACAUGGAUUUGAGAGUGGUGACUUUGUCUGUUUCACAGAAGUUCAGGGCAUGACUGAACUCAAUGGCAUCGGUCCCAUAGAGAUCAAAGUUCUGGGUCCCCAUACCUUUAGUAUCUGUGAUACCUCUGGCUUCUCCGACUACACCCGUGGAGGCAUUGUCAGUCAAGUGAAAGUGUCUUGGAAGAUCAUUUUUAAACCCUUGCUCACCUCCUUGGCAGAGCCAGAUUUUGUGGUAACCGAGUUUGCUAAGUGUUGUCACCCUGCUCAGCUGCACAUUGGCUUCUAGGCCCUGCCGUUCUGUACUCAACACAGCAGGCUUCUUCGGCCCCAUGAUGAGGAUGCAGCAGAAAUGGUGACCUUGGCACAAGCUGUGGAUGCUCGAGCAUUGCCAGCAGCUCAGCAGGAUUGCUUGAACAUAGACCUCAUCCGGGAGUUGGCAUAUGUAGCUGCUGGGGAUCUGCCACCCAUGAAUGCCUUCAUUGGUGGUUUGGCUGCCCAGAAGGUCAUGAAGGCUUCUUCUGGGAAGUUUCUGCCCAUUAGACAGUGGCUGUACUUUGAUGCCCGACUCCCCGAGCACAAAGUGACUUUCAUGGAAGAUAAAUGCCUGCCGCGCAGGAACUGUUACGAUGGGCAAAUGACAUUGAUCAGUCUGUUUGCCAACUUGUAUGUAGGCGCAGGUGCCAUUGGCUGUGAGUAUCUCAAGAGCUUUGCCAUGAUUGGCCUCAGAUGUGGGGAGGAUGGGGAAAUCACAAUUACAGACAUGGACACCAUUGAGAAAUCAAAUCUGAACCAACAGUGUUUCUUUCAUAUCUGGGAUGUCACAAUGUGA